AUGCCCCUUACGAGCUGUUUCGCUUUGCUCAUAGGUAUUUUUCUUUUCGCUUCAAAGAUUGCAUUAUGUGAUGAUAAAGUUUCUAUACCUGCUCAAAGCACCUGCAAAGCAACUCCUCCUGCGAUAACUUCUAGUUGUUAUCCAUCACUUGUUUCUGAUAUCGAGUUUCCUAAUACAACAAUAACCGGAAGUGAAAGACCAGGAUGGUGGUGCCAAGCAAGAGAUGAAUAUGGUUGGCUUGGUUUUAGUUAUGAUGUGGGACAUUGUCCAUCUGAAAUGGAAAUGAGUUUGACUUUUAAUUGGAUGAAAAGAAAGAAAAAUGCAAGAUAUGUUAGGAUUUAUAGUAAUUGUGAUCAAGAUUCAUUUAAUAAACAUCUUAUUAAUGCUGCUGCAACUGCUCAAAUUGGUGUUUAUGCUUUGAUUUGGUUUGGAUUUCAAGGCGAUUCUGUUUGGAGGACUAGGAAAGAGAACCUACUGAAGGCCAUUAGAGAAAAUAUACUGGCUCCGUAUACCAUUAGAGCGGUUACUUUAGGAUCAGAGCCAUUAUAUGAUGGGGUUCUAGAUGUCAAAGAAUUAUCAGACGAACUUAAAAAACUCGCGAGCGAAUUGGAACCUUAUUGGAUUCCAGUCACAAUUUCAGAGAUGACUUACGGGUUUCAAAUAAAUGAUAAUGCACCCAGUAUAUUUGAAGCAAUGGAUCUAGUCAGUUUGAAUGUCUUACCAGUAUUUGAUAGUCAUGCUACUACUUCAAAUCUAGCAUGGAAUUCUGUUGAAUUUUGUAUCAACUACGGAAAGCUUCAUGGGAAAGGAAAACCAGUGGUGAUCACACAAACUGGUUGGCCUAGUAAUAAAGAUCAAGCGGGGAAUAGCAAAGCAACAACGGAUAUAAGACAAGAGAAGAAUUACUUUGAUUUGCUUAGUGAUCAUUGUGAGUACUUUAAAGAACAGGGCGUUGGAUGGUUCGCUCACAUCUUUGCUGAGAACUCUCUAUCAGGAUGGGGUGUUGUACUUGAGAAUAGCUCAGAGAAAUUUCCAUUUAAUCCUUUGACAAAUUGUUGA